AUGAGCAACGCCCUCCUCGCUCGGCCAAUGCGGCCUCUCUCCACCUCCAUCGCCAGCAGCCUGCGGUGCGGAGCCACCACCACCACCACCACCAGCACAACCGCCUCUUCGACGGCCGCAAAACCCAGCACAUCAGCAUCAGCAUCGCCAAUUACGCACACCCAACGCCGGCACGAGUCGACGACCCGCCGGCAGCUCAACCGGCUGCGCUCCGUGCCCGCCGCGCCGAGCGCCGUGCCGUCGGCCUCGCACACGGCCGACCACAUCGUCUUCAACCCGCCCUCGUCGGCGCCGUCCGUCUACCACACGCCACUCAAGUUCCUGCCCGCCCACGACCGCCGCCGCGAGCUGUACGCGCUAACGGCGCGCCUGUCGCCCUCGAAAGCCUCGCCCACCGGCACCGCCCUCUCCGCCGGCACCUACACCUCGCCCUCGGUCCUGCCGCCCCACCUGGCCCACAAGCACGCCACCACUGUGACCAAGGCCACGUCUCUCCCGCCGCCCGUCCGCACCCCGUACACCAAGAAAUACCACCUGACGGCCGCCGACAUCGAGCAGAUCCGGGCGCUGCGGAAGGAGGACCCCGCCCACUGGACGCGCGAGCGCCUGGCGCACAAGUUCGAGUGCUCGCAGUUCUUCGUCGGCCUGGUGGCGCCUGCGCCCGACCACGCUGCGCGCAAGGCGGCUGAGAUUGAAGAGGUUAAGAAGGGCUGGGGCCGGAAGAAGAGGGAAGCGCGCGAGGACCGCAGGAGAAGGAAGGAGUCGUGGGGCAGGGAUGCGUAG